CUGGUGGCCACAGUCUUGAUCGGGACGUUGGCCAGAGCGGAAGCAAACUGUUGGGCGAUCGCGCGAGCGCCAACUCGUUGAUAGACAGACGAAACUCGGGAAUCUCUCUGAAGGCACGUGCGCCGGAAGGAAUGUGAAAUUCGGAGGUGUCUCGCGCAAAAGGUGACAAUCGGAUUUAUCUCUUUGUGGUUGCGUUCAGAAAUUGGUGUCAACAGACUAAUUUAGUGAACGAUCAUCUCUUGAUCGCUUGGCUUGGCGCCAUGGCGGUUUCGGUGAAAUUUUCGAUUCUGGUCGCGACGUUCGCGGUGCUGUGCGUUGUCGGUUCUGGAAAUGCAUUCUUUUUCCUGCUCAAGUCGUUGGCCCACAUCGACCGGUACGACACAGGGGACAACUUUGUGCAACCUACUUAUGGCGGCAGCGGUAGCACCAGCAACGCACAAUCUAAGGAGAUUCCGGAGUACGACUUUGUGAUCGUUGGGGCAGGACCGGCCGGAUGUGUGCUGGCCAACCGGCUGUCGGAGAAUGCCCGGUGGAAGGUGCUGCUGCUGGAGGCUGGUCCCGUGGAGAAUGAGUUCAACAAUAUUCCCAUUCUGACGGGAUUUUUGCAGAACUCGGACUACAACUGGGCCGAUGUGGCGGAAUAUCAGAAUAGUUCGUGCUGGGGUAUGGUCGACCAACGGUGCAGCGUCCCGCAUGGUAAAGGUCUGGGUGGUUCCACCCUGAUCAACUACAUGAUGUACCAGCGCGGUAACCGAGCGGACUACGACCGGUGGGCUGCGAUGGGCAAUCCCGGAUGGUCCUACGACGAUGUAUUUCCGUACUUCCUGAAGAGUGAACGCGCUUCGCUGCGAGGAUUGGAAAACUCCACGUACCACGGAGACGACGGUAUGUUGCACGUGGAGUUUCCACCCUUCCGGACGAACUUGGCGCGGACUUUUGUGAAAGGUGCUCGGGAAGUUGGCCACAAAAAAGUUGAUCAGAACGGGAAAACUCAGCUGGGAGUUUCGUACGUCCAAACUACGACGUUGAACGGCAUGAGACAGAGUGCGUACCGGGCGUUCGUGGAACCUGUGCUGGCGAACCGGCCAAAUUUGCACGUUAAGGCGUACAGCCGAGUGACCAAGGUGUUGAUCAACCACAACACAAAGCAAGCUUACGGAGUGACGUAUUCGAAGCACUUUAGAAACUACGAUGUUCACGCCAGGAAGGAGGUGAUUCUCACGGCUGGAAGUAUCAACUCGCCCCAUUUGCUGAUGUUAUCGGGAGUGGGACCGGAGGAGCACUUGCGUAAUAUAAAAGUUCCAGCUGUGGCCAAUCUUCCUGUUGGGCAGAGCAUAGCCGACGGAGUGCUUUAUAAUGGAUUAACGUUUGUUUUGAACGAGACCGGGCAAGCCCUCCUUUCGGAUAGCCGUUUUCAGUUUCGUUCAUUGGCGGACUACUUCCAAGGCCAAGGACCUUUGACCGUUCCCGGGGGUGUGGAAGCGGUGAACUUUUUACAAACGAGUCGUACCCAGGAGAUGGGAGUACCAGACAUAGCACUUAUCUUUUCGACCGGAUCGCUCGUGUCGGAUGGAGGCCUCGGAAUACGGAGUGGGAAGCGAAUUAAAACUAGCAUUUACAACAAGGUCUACCGACCGCUGGAAACGCUACACAAUGACCAAUGGACAGCAACGGUAAUGCUACUGCACCCCAAAUCCAGGGGAUAUAUGAAACUUCGCAACGCAAACCCCUUCAAUAAUCCCAAAAUCUAUACAAACCAACUACUGGAGGAAGAUGACGUAGAAACUUUGCUGGAAGGCAUCAAAGAAGCGGUUCGCAUAUCCAAAUCCCCCUCAAUGCAGCGUUAUGAUGCCCGCGUCCUGGGGACACCCCUGCCCAACUGUCAGCAGUUUGCGCUGACGGACGACGAAUACUGGCGCUGUGCCAUCCGAACUCUUUCCAGCACGGCCUACCAACAGUUGGGGACGUGCAGAAUGGGCCCCCAGGAGGAUUCGACGGCGGUCGUGUCACCGGAGCUGUUAGUCCACGGAAUUCAGGGCCUGCGAGUGGCCGACACCAGCGUUGUUCCCACUACCAUUUCCGGCCAAACAGCUGCCGUUGCGUACAUGAUUGGUGAGAGGGCGGCCGAUUUGGUCAAGCAAAGCUGGAGCUCAAUGUGAUGAUUGAAUGAAUCGUUAGAUCGUUCAAUUAGACUUCAUCUGAUAUUAGA